CCCGGAAAAUCCACAAGCCCACCAGAAAUUGUUCAAAUCGCCAAACCCCGCGAAAAGUUAACGGCAGCUUUUGGGAGAUUUCCAAAGAUCCUCGACCAACCUCGACAGCACCGUUCACGAAUUCUUUCCUAGCAAUUGAAAAAUAUGGCUGACCGAGGCGGUGCCCGUGGCGGUGGAUUCGGAUCCCGAGGAGGCGAGCGAGGUGGUGAUCGUGGCCGAGGUGGUGAUCGCGGCCGUGGUCGUGGCCGUGGCCGUGGACGCCGCGGUGGUAAGCCCGAUGAGAAGGAGUGGCAGCCCGUCACCAAGCUGGGCCGUCUCGUCAAGGCCGGCAAGAUCAAGAGCAUGGAGGAGAUCUAUCUGCACUCGCUCCCCGUCAAGGAGUACCAGAUCGUCGACUUCUUCCUCCCCAAGCUCAAGGACGAGGUCAUGAAGAUCAAGCCCGUCCAAAAGCAGACCCGUGCCGGUCAGCGGACCCGUUUCAAGGCCAUUGUCAUCAUUGGCGAUUCUGAGGGUCACGUCGGUCUCGGUAUCAAGACGUCGAAGGAAGUCGCAACUGCCAUCCGUGCCGCGAUCAUCAUCGCCAAGCUCAGCGUCAUUCCCGUCCGUCGUGGAUACUGGGGUACCAACCUUGGUCUUCCUCACUCCCUGCCCGCCAAGGAGAGUGGAAAGUGUGGCUCCGUCACCGUCCGACUUAUCCCUGCCCCUCGCGGUACCGCCCUUGUCGCUUCGCCCGCUGUCAAGCGUUUCCUCCAGCUCGCCGGUAUUGAGGAUGCCUACACAUCCUCGUCCGGUUCGACCAAGACCCUCGAGAACACGCUCAAGGCCAGCUUCGCGGCCGUCUCCAACACAUACGGCUUCCUGACCCCCGAUCUGUGGAAGGAGACGAAGCUCAUCAGGAGCCCGCUGGAGGAGUUUGCCGACAGCCUUCGGGACGGCAAGCGGUACGCCAACUAAGCGUGGUUGGAGGGCAGAGAGAGAUUGCGUGACCAGCAAGAAUGGUUCGUUGGGGCGUCUGUGGAUCUGUUUAAUUGCAUGGGCUCCGGCAAUGGCAUAGAUUGAGGCUACUAAAACCACCAGAGUAUGGCCUGAAUCAAGAUGAAUCUUCAACAUGCUUUUUGCCAUUGACUUGUCUCUAUUGACUCUGUGUAACCCAAAUUCUUCCCUGAAGUCGAUGCUCUCGCUGGUGCAUUCUGGUCGACACCCUCACUCCUCUGGGCAUGACGGGCAAGUGUUGCAUGCCAAGGGAACCAUUAUUGCUCAUUUCACAUACCGACUUGCUAGCAAGAAAAGCAAAAAAUCCGCGGUAAAAACAUUUGAUGCGCUCUUGACUUGCCCUCAAUUUCCGGUGCCAAGUGCAAAGAGCCUGGGAACCCCCAGC